GAGAAGGAGGGAGUAAUGGUUUAGUAUUUUCGACAUGGGAGGAUAUAAACAAGAGGGGACAAGAUUGAAUAUUAAAAUUUGUAGUCCAAGGAUACUCUGCUAGUGCUCUAUUCGAUGUCUUGGAAUCAAAUUUUAUAUCACCAGUUGGUUUCACAAUCCUCGUUCAACUGAGCCGGCCAAGUAUGACUAAAGUACUAGAGUGAUACAGUUUCCAAUUGGUGCACCAUUUUUUAUUCUUGUUUUGCUUGUUGGCCAUAUAAUUACAAACUUUUGCUUUAGUUUAGUUGCAAGUGGUAAUUAUUUGAAGUGGAGAGUAAUCAUCUGCUUAAACCUGCUAGUGGAAAACAAGUUGGAUUCAAACACCAAACCCAUUGCCAGAUCUAUCUAGAAAUGAGUUCAAGAAUUAAGCAUUUUAGCCAUGCUGAGCAUGAAUUAAUCUUGAAGGAGAAUGAUGUUAUUGAAGACACUGCUACUUGCUUUGCCUGCCACAAAACAGUCAUCGGCUUUCCUACGUAUACCUGUACCCAAUCUGCUGAUGAUGAUAUUGGCUGUAAAGAGUUUUACCUGCACCAGACUUGUGCAGAAUUACCCCUACGUAUUUUCCCUCACGAUAUGCACAACCGACACCCCAUUACUCUCGCAAUAUACACUGGUAAAUACUAUUGUGAUGCUUGUCAUCUUCAAAUAAGGCUCGGUUAUGGGUGUGAUCCUUGUGACUUUGGUUUAUGUGGAACCCUGAACCCUGAACCCUGAACUGCUCUUCCUGGUCCUCCUGAUGAUGAUGAACAAAAAGAGCUUCAUCAUCAAGGUCACGAGGAGCACACACUAGUAUUGCAGAGGCAAGCUUUGUUUAAAUGUGAUGCUUGUUGGGAGGAGGCUAAAGACUUUUCUUAUGUAUGCAAAACAUGUGAUUUUUGGAUCCACAAGAAGUGUGCUCUCUCUCCCCCCAUUAUUGCAGAGCCUGCUUAUCAUCAUCACCCUGUCACUCUUAUCUUCUCUAUUCCAGAUGAACAUCGCUAUUUCGUCCGAUUCUGCAACAUCUGCGAUGAAUAUGUUCCUGUGGAUUCGUGGAUGUAUUAUUGUCACCAAUGCACAUAUUUCGUGCAUAUGAAAUGUGCUACAGCCCCUGCUUUAAAUGAGACUGAAGCCACUGGCAGUGACAACGACCCAGAUUUGAUAGAAUUUCCUCUGCAGAGCUUGGAAGCACUAAGUGAUUUCAUGAUAACCCAGUUUUCAAAAUUCCAAGUUGAAUUUGAAGGUGAGCAUAAAGAUACUGCCAUGACAUCAACCGGACCUAAUGACCCACAUAUAAUUGAAGAGCAUUGGAGUCACCCGGAUCAUCCAUUACAACUGUUUGAGUUUAUUAUUAAUGAGCAUGAUAACGACGACGAAGAAGAUGACAACAACACAACAGGAUUGAUAUGUGAUGGGUGCAUUCAACCCAUCACGGCUACCCAUCCAUGGUACUACAGUUGUAAUCAGUGUAAUUUCUUUCUCCACUCCGUGUGUGCCACUAAAUUGCCAGGUGAGUUGUUUAUAGGAGAAUCCUCGUUUCACCCGGAGCAUUCUCUCGCCCUUAUGAGGAAACCUAGAUUCCACACAACAGUGGACUGCGGAGUUUGUAGCAGCUCGACAAAUGGAUUCUACUAUAAAUGUGAGGCUUGUGAUAUAAAAGUCGAUAUUUGCUGUGCAUUUUUGCCCUCCAGGAUAAAAUAUAAGUCUCACAAGCACCACCCCUUUAUUCUGCGUCCAUCAUCGUAUGCCGUUUGUGGUGUUAGUAAGUGCGGAAGUCAGGGUGGCAUGAGAUAUGAAUGUGAAAUUUGUAGCAACUUCCAUAUCAGAGUAUCUAGUGUAUUUUACCCAAGUACGAUGAAACACAAAUAUGAUGAUCAUUCCAUAACCUUGAGAUAUCCUCCUUUCUUCUACCAAGGUGUAUUCUAUUGUGAGCUAUGUGAAGAACAAGUAAACAAUCAGUGGUGGCUCUAUCACUGUGACGAGUCUGAUCAUUCUUUUCACUCUGAUUGCCUCCAUUUGCCGUAUAGGAUCAAGUUAGGAGUGACCAUCAGAAUUGAUAUUAACGAUGAAAUGCACACACUUGCAUUUGUUCUCGAAAGGAAUGUAAGAACAAACUCUCCCUUAUUCAUUUGUGGCAAUUGCGGUGAUAAAUACGCUUCUGGUCUCUUCUUCAAAUGUGAUGGCUGUGGAUUUCUUAUCUGCCCUCGAUGUGUCAGCAAGAUAGAUGGGUGAUUAACAAGUGAAUGUAGUUCUGAGAUAUUUCAACACUCUCAUUGGCAAUUGUUUUAUGUCAGCUAUUAACUUUUUACUCAAUAAUCAUAUUUCGACACAUCAGUGUUUCAUUUGUGUUCUUUUACAUUUACUAGCGAAUUUGCUACUUAUAUCUAGUUGUAACCUACUGAUAUGA